AUGCCAGGUCGAAUACAUGAAAUCAAGUCCAGAGUAUAUCGUUUAUUACAGAGACGUAAUGCCGCAAUGUCUGAUCAUUUCCACAUUACAACCUUAUCAGCUUCACCUUCGUUUGACGAUUGUUUACGAAGAUUCAAAUUUUUCAAAGAUUCCUCAAGUUCAGAUUUCGACCCAAACGAUUUGAAUAGUUUCACAGCUCCAAUUGAUAGCCCUGAUUUCCAUACGUCUCCAGAGAAUAAACCAUUUUUUGAUCAAAGGCCACCAACUACUACUGUUGCUGAUGUAGCUGAUGCUGCUGAUGCUAAUGCUGCCAUUAUGUCUGAAACAAAAACAGGUGCAAAAACGACACAAUACUCAAUUGACGAUUUAUGCUCGAUUAUUAAUAAGGAGAUUGAAGAGAUAGCUCAAAAUAGCAACGCCAAAAGUAUACCAGAAGAUACUGAAAGUUCAAUACAAUUUGCUACCAUAUCGAGUAUACAAAGCACAAACUUUCAACGGAAAUGGGAAGCGCACUACAACAUCAAUCGGUACCCUUCCAACCCACAGGAUCACCUGUUUAACAGUGUGAAUUCUCUAUUUGCAUCAGUGAAGAAAUCAUCAAGACAGAUAAGAGUCAUCAAGAAGAAGACGAAAUGA